ACCAACAUCACGAGGAAUUUUCGCCAUCAUCACAAGUACCGGCAUCAGCUCUACAACGAGAACUCCCGAAGGGUUAUAAAACUACUCACCGACGGAACCGUCAGGUCUACAGACGACCUCAACGAUCCACACACGCUGCUGUACCUACAUCCGAUCAACCGCGGAGUCUUGGUUAUCAGGAGCGAAGCCACAGGACUCUACCUCUGUAUGAAUAACCGGGGCAAAUUAUACGCCAGUUGCAACUUGAGCACAGAGUGUGAGUUCAUGGGCCAAUUGGAGGAUACUUACUACGACACUCUACAGAGCCGUCUCUUCCAGGGACGGUACAUUGCCAUUGCCACAAAUGGAAGAAUCAAGCGAGCACGACGUUUAAAUGGCCCCUUAGGAAAGGAGCACUUUUUUCUCUCUAGAAAAGUGAAAUUGGAAGAUGUGCACCGCAUAAUUGAACAGUACCACAGACGCCUUGAAACACGGCCUCCUCAGCGUUGUGCAUGCUACAAUAUGACAUCAGGUAGCAGUAGUGGAGGAGGACAUGCAUGUACUGUACCCACUCCUCCAGUAACAGUUGAGCCUGUGCCCACACAACCUACUACUGUGCGUCCUUCCCGAUGUAAAACUGUCAAACGUGGUAAGAAGUGUAGAAAACGGCCAAAAUGUAAAUCUAAGAAAUGCCGGAAGAGAAAAAAGCACAGAAGGAAAUCUAAAAGAGGUCGCAGGAAAAAAGAAAAAGGACAGGAAUUGACAACAACACCUGCAUCAGUUCAGGUCAGGGACAUACCAAGAAGAAGAAAGUUAGAAGUUAAGGGAGGUCAUUCUAGAGUUAGACACCAACAGACAUACCAAUAUAAAGAAGGUCUACAAAGACCACUAACGGGAUCUGUCCCUACAAAUGCAUCUCUUCAGACAAGAAGACCACGACGUCAGCAUCUGCACAUGUAUCCCUCUCCCUUUCUAACAACUCCAACUCCAACUUCCUCACAUAGUACUCUGAGGCUAACCAGUAAUACAAGGCGGCCGAGGCUGGGUACCAUAACGACUACCCCAUCUCUGCCCUUUCCCUCUGCGCCCUCGUCCGCCCACCCAAACCGUGCCCGCCACGCCCAUAAUGCGAGACGGCAGCGGAGACCACGGGGGCCGCUCAAAUCUCCCACCUCAGUUACUGCUUAGUGUAUAUAUUUCAGCGACACCAUUUGUCAUGUAUAUAAUCGUAAAUAAUAUAUGUAAAUACACAGAAAUUCGACAUAUGAACAAGGUCCAUAAGAAGGGGACUUAAUUUAUUUGAUUUUAUUUAUUACUGAAAGUAAAAUUGUUUGCCCCCGGAUCAACGGUCCGCUACAAUGUAUGCGCUUGUCAAUCUUAGUCAGUACGUGAGGAGUGGAAGUGUGUGACUUAACUAUAUGUGCAGGUUGCGAUGCAGCCGAGAGAAUGGUGCUACCUUAUCCUACCACGUGCCAUACACUCACCAUAUUGCAAACUGAAUAUAAAUAAAGCUUGAAAAUGUUUAUUGAUAUAUAAAACAUAUCAGUGUCCUAGGUCAGUCAUGUGACAUACUUAUAACCUACACUCCCGGUUCAGUAUGAUGAUAUUUGUGCCAUAAGAAGCGAUUCGUGUGUGGAAAUUGAAAAAAAAACUAUGUAGGCUGACAGAUAACCAUUAGUUUGAGAGCUAGACUUAUGUGGUAUCUUAAGAGUUUUGUGAAAUGUAAUUUUAUAAGAAUGUGUUACAUGAAAAGGACACAGACAUUUCUUUAUCUGGACCUUCAUUUACACUGAAGGUUCUUCAGUCAACCAGUGACAAAGUACUGGUAAACUCAGAUUUGCAGAUUCUUUUUCUUAGCCUUUUGGAGUGGGGUAAAUUAUUUUGGAGAAUAUCAGUUUGUUUUUAAUUAGUGAAAAGAAAAUUAUACUACAAUAUAUGAGCUUAAAUCAAGAUUUCUUAAAGCCAGUGUAUUAAUAGAGAGGAUUGCCAGUGAAUAAAAUGUUUAAAUACAAGUAUGUAUGAGUGAAGUUUUUAAAAUAUUGUUUUAUGGAAAAUAAGAAAAAAAAUGUGUUUCAUGGAAAAUAAGAAAAAAUGUGAAAUGUGACUUUUGGCAGCCCAUGUUAGUACAUACAACAGUUUAUUGAUGAACUGUCACAAUACAGGCAAAACAACAUAUGAACAGUAAUUCUGUGAAUGGUAUCUCAAAUGAGUUGCCUCAUUGAAGCUUAUAACAAAAGAAACUGCAAGUCUGGCUAAGACCAAGCCUCUUUGUUGAUCCUGUUGCUCAUGGUGCAACUCUCCAGAGUAGCUGUCAAGUCACUCUUGGUCAGAGUUGCACAGUCUGGAGGCUAUUUGCUCACUUGGCAUUCAUACCACGCCUGAUGAGGCCAAUCACACCAGGUAUGGUGGUUGUUUUUCCCAGGAGUUGCCUCACUUCAUGGGAAGCAUGCAAGGAGUUCAUAGAAGCCUCGUUGCUAACGCUGUGUGGUUCUGAAGAUGAAGUGGUAGACAUAAAAAAGGUACCCACGAUGGUGUUAAAGUCUAUAGUUUGUUGCAACUUAUGUAAUAAAUCUAGUUAGUAACAAGAUCUUUGAUGCUACCCCAGCACACAGCUACAGUACCCUCACAACCGCCCAGGUGCUGGUGUUGUCACUACCAAUGGCAGAGAGAGAAGUCUUUUGGUCACUCCUGCCAUUAGUAGUUGCCUGGAUCGUCCCUCUUCCAGUCUAGUCAUAUGUGUCUCUUGAGGGCCGUUCUGGAUCGUGCAGAACGUCAACUGCAACCCCCAUUCUACUGCUUUCUGUACAGAUAUUUUCAUAAAUAUAUUCUGGUUGGUAAUGUAUUUAAAGGAUUUUAUGUAGAGGAGCUAUUUCAUAACAAAAGUGUUGCUAAUGUUACCAAUACUAGUUUACAACUGUUGUCACUUAGGUGUUGUCAUGAUAUAACCUACACAAAAUGUGUUAGCAAUAGUCUCCACAUACAAACAUUAAGUAACACUGCAAGGGUAGUUGUAA